AUGAGCACAGAGAAUUCACCCCUACAUGGAGAGGCUCAAGGCCAUGAUGAUCGGUGGAGAGAGCUUUUUCCUAUGCCUCUCUGCCCUGAAGUUCCGAGAGAGGCCGGGCUGUCAGUGAGUGCGCGUCGACGUCGAGCUGCCGUCCGUUCUAGAGUGGACUCUGUUAAUUCAAUCAUCAGAACCUUGAAUGAGAUGUACUCUCCUAGCCGCGAUGGCGAUUUUUCACAUGGUUUCGUGAGGACUAGAGCACAAGAGGCAUGUCAGCACGAGCUUUUUAGGGCGGUGGCCAACACAAAACCACUGUCAAAAGUUUUGAGUAUGCGUGAAGCUGUUCAAGAGCUUCUGCGAACAGACCUGUCCUACUCGGGCGAGGUUGCAACUACGGUGCGUCCCUACGACAGAGGCCUGCUUUCGAUUCCGUCGUGUGGCAACCAAGCCGUUGUUUUGAGCGACGUGUUGGAUGAUGUUGGCUGCGAGACAAUCAGGGACCCUCAUCGCUGCAUGUUGUUGGACGAGGAAGGUAUUGGGGCAAUGAUGGAAGAAAAUAAGCCAAUUCAAACUUAUAUGGACCCCCUUCUCAGGGAUGACAUUGGUUUGUAUUGCAACUUUGUGCGUGAUCUGUUUGAAGCUGGCAUGAUAGAUUUCACAAAUAGACCUCAGGGCUUGAUCAGGAUCCCCGACGGAGAACAGUUGUUUGUUGCACAGUCCGACAUUAAGGACUACUUUUACAGCUUGCAGUUGCCGGUAGAUCUCAGAGCAUUGUUUAGCAUGCCACCUAUCCCUGGUGCCCUACUCCGACAUUGGAAGGUGAGUGCAGAACUCGGUGGAUCCUUGAACACGGACGACUGGGUGCAUCCAAUGCUACGAGUGGUGCCCAUGGGGUGGUCGUGGGCGAUGUGGCUGUCACAAAGGGUGCAUCAGCAUCAAUCGCAAUUGGGGGCUGGGGUAUCUUGUGAUAGAGUUUUGGUGGAUGGAAAACCAGCGCCAAGCCUCAGCAAUGGCGAGGUACUUCUGCUGCCCUAUGCCGACAAUUUGAACGUCUGUGGCAUCAAUGCAGAGGCAGUGCAAAGAGCGAAAGACAGAGCAGUUGCAAGGUUGAGACAAGUCGGACUGACAGUACAUGAAGAGAUGGAUGCAAACAACACCUCACAAUCAUUGGGUUACAUGAUCGAUGGAGCAGUUGGCCAGGUGACACCUAUUCCAGAACGACUUCAUCGAGUUCAGCUGGCCUUCAAAUGGCUCUCCCGCAGGCCCCGAGUCACGGGAAGAGCUGUGCAGAGGUUGUUGGGACAUGCAGUACAUUUCAUGAUGCUGAGGAGAGAGUUGUUGAGCAUUCCACAUCAUUUGUAUGCUUUCGUGCAACAAGCAAAUGGUCGAUGCAGGUUGUGGUGCAGUGCGGCAGUUGAAGCCAGAUGGAUUGGCGAACUCUUGCCUCUCUGUGCAACGGACCUGAGAAAACAAACUAGUGCAUUGUUGACAGCUUCGGACGCUUCGUUGUCGGGGAUUGCAGUUUGUACUAGAUUAGCAGAUGAGCAGUCAGUCAGAACUCUCGGUAGCUACAGGGAACGUUGGCGCUUCAAGGGCCGCAAUCCGGUGAAUCGACCUCGGCAGAACGCUUUAGGGGUUUUGGACCCGUUUUCGGACAUUGCUAGCGUGAAACCGGUUGGACAUGUCAUGGAUGACCCAUUUGAGCUGGACAACCAAUUCCCCGAGGGAAAACUUCUUCCAGCAAGCAAGCCUCAGAGCACUGGCCAAAAGAGGAAACCAGUGCAAGUGGGUUGGAGCAACAGACAGUCCCUGCGCAAUCAGUUGCAGGGAAACAACAGAGAAGAAAGGGCAGACAAGCGACAGAAAUACAAGGAGACAGUGAGCCAGAUUCCUCGUUUUCAGGGUCAGUCUUUUCUGGAGAUGAAUGCAGUUUCAGAGGAGGUGGCCUCGGACUACAGGAUUCGCAUGGCUCGUUUCAAGGCAUUUGCCAAGCUGGAGCAGAUCUCUCUCCGAGGUCAAAAGAACUUGGACAAUGCAUUGAGCGCCUAUCUCAACGAGAUGUUCGAAGAUGGGGAAGACAUCGGGGAAGCCACAAAAACCCUGGCAGCAGUGGUGGACAGCGUCCCCGACUGCACCCAAAAGGGGAGCCUCCCACGCUCCCGCAGAUGCUUGCAAGGAUGGAACAGGUUGGACCCAGGGGCCACAAGGCCUCCAAUACCUUGGGAGCUGGUGGCCGCAAUCGUGAAUUUCAUGCUGGGAAGACAACAGAUCAACGAAGGGCUUCUGGUGUUGCUGAUGUUCGACGCCUACCUCAGACCGGGCGAGGCAAUCAGCCUCCAUCGGAGCGAUCUGGUGGAGCCUACGGUGCAGCAUCCAGUGUUUUGCCUAAACCUCAAUCCCUCCGAAAGGGGCGCCAGCUCGAAGAUGGGGCUUUCAGACGAAACAAUAGUCCUGGACGGAAGGGAGACACCAUGGAUGGGCUUGCUGCUCCGCAGACACCUGGAGAGCCACAAGGCACAAAAGUUGUUUCCAAUAGAGUAUCGGCAGCUCAAAGACGCUUGGCAAAAGGCUCUUGUCGGCUUGCAGUUGUCGAGCAAACAUUGUGUGCUUUAUCAGUUGAGGCACUCAGGGCCUUCGCACGACAGAAUGACCAAGGCAAGGAGCCUCGUGGACAUCAAGAAGCGUGGCAGAUGGUUGAGCGACUCUUCGGUUCGGCGCUACGAGGCAGCAGCGCGUUUGAACCAGGAGUUUCAGAAGUUGCCCAGGCCAGUUCAGACAAAGGCUUUAGCUGCUCCUCAAUUCCUACAACAGUGGGUCCAAAGCUUUUUCAGCCGGAAAAGAAGAAGGAUCUGA